CAGGCAACAACAGCAGCAGCAGCAGCAGCAGCAGUAGUAGUCAUUUCUCAUUCAGCGUGUUCACGUUGUUCACGAGUUCACCUGUCAUUAUCUCCAGCAUGGGUUUAGAAGCCUGGUACAUGGACAGUUCUGGCGAAGACCAGAGGAAGCCGCACAAACUGAACCCCAACCAGCCCGUUUCUUUGGACGAGUUAAAAAAGCUCGGCGUUUUCCACUGGAAGCUGAAUGCUGACAUAUACGAGACAGACCCAGAGCUGGAGCAGAUCCGCAAAGACCAUGGCUACUCCUACAUGGACAUCAUCACUAUUCACAAGGACACUCUGCCCAACUAUGAGGACAAGCUGAAGAUGUUCUUUGAGGAGCACUUACACCUGGAUGACGAGAUCCGCUACAUCCUGGACGGCCAGGCCUACUUUGAUGUCAGGGACAAGCAGGACAGAUGGAUCCGAAUCGCCAUGAGCAAAGGGGACCUGAUCACCCUGCCGGCUGGCAUCUACCACCGCUUCACCCUGGAUGAGAUGAACUACACUAAAGCCAUGAGGCUGUUUGUGGGGGAACCGGUGUGGAAGGCUUACAACAGGCCGGCUGAUGACUUUGACAUCCGUCAGAGGUACGUGGCUUCUCUGCAGGGAUCUUGAGAGAACCCGUACCGCUGCUGCCGACACUACAAUCAGAGCUUCCAAUGAGAUUCUAAUCAAAGAGGCUUCAAGUUGAAACUUAUUCUUAAAAUCUCUCUGUCCAGUGGCAAAGAGCUAGUUGAGAGCACGUUUCUGUAAGAACAUUUACACAGAGUUUAUUUGAUGCUAUGAUCAGAUCACAACAUGUUCAACAUUGUCAUAAAUUGCUCAAGUGUAUCAAAAGUAGUUAAAGUUAUCUUGAUGUCUGGCUGCUUGUAGGUUAAUGUAACAUUAUUAACUGUAAUGGAACAUCACUUACUUCAGCUAAGGAUUCCUCUUUAAUCACAAGAUAUACUGAGAAAUGCCGUUAGGUGCUGUAUGACCUUCCAUCAACAAUACAUAGAAUAAUUAUACAACUAUUAAGAACUAUUCAGUAAUUCCACAUUGUAACCCCUCUGAGUCAAAGUCACUUGACCUGUCUGAGCCUUUGGGUUGGAUUAUCACUGACAUAACAUAUUGUUCUAGUUGAAUGGAAAAAUAAAGCUGCUGCAAUUUCC